AUGGCUCCGGCACGGGCGUCUCAUAAAAAGGCUGCGAAGCCUCAGAAUGACUCUGGACGUACCCUGAAACGCAAGCGCGGACAGGAAGAACUGUCCUCGCUCGUACAGCGGGUCGAAGAUCUCGACCUCAAGACCUCCAUCAAAUCCUUCUCCGAGCUCCCACUCUCCGAACCCACGGCCUCUGGUCUCUCAGCCUCUCACUACAAGACCCUCACCGACAUCCAGUCGCGCGCGAUCAGCCAUGCUCUCAAAGGCCGCGACAUCCUGGGCGCCGCCAAAACCGGCAGCGGUAAGACCUUGGCUUUCUUGGUCCCCAUCCUCGAGAACCUGUACCGCAAGCAGUGGACCGAAUACGAUGGCCUCGGCGCGCUGAUUUUGUCGCCUACCCGCGAGUUGGCCAUUCAAAUCUUCGAGGUUUUGCGCAAGGUGGGCCGACACCAUGCCUUUUCUGCCGGCUUGAUCAUCGGCGGGAAGAGUUUGCGCGAGGAACAAGAACGACUGGGACGGAUGAAUAUCUUGGUGUGCACGCCGGGGCGUAUGCUCCAGCACCUCGACCAGACGGCCAUGUUCGAAACCCACAAUUUACAGAUGCUGGUCAUGGAUGAGGCCGACCGAAUCAUGGACAUGGGCUUCCAGCGGACGGUGGAUGCGAUCGUCGACCACCUUCCGAAGGAGAGACAGACAUUGUUGUUCAGUGCUACUCAGACAAAGAAAGUGUCGGAUCUGGCUCGUCUGAGUUUGCAGGAUCCUGAGUAUGUCGCUGUCCAUGAAGCAGCCGCGGCAGCCACCCCGUCUACGCUGCAGCAACACUACGUCGUCACGCCAUUGCCCCAAAAGCUUGAUACUCUGUGGAGCUUUAUCCGCAGCAAUCUCAAGUCCAAAACGGUGGUCUUUUUGUCCUCGGGCAAACAGGUCCGAUUCGUCUACGAGUCUUUCCGCCAUCUCCAGCCCGGUAUCCCGUUGAUGCAUCUGCACGGCCGACAGAAACAAGGUGGCCGCCUGGACAUUACGACUAAGUUCUCCCAGUCCCAACAUUCCGUUCUCUUUGCUACCGAUGUUGCUGCUCGUGGUCUGGAUUUCCCAGCCGUCGAUUGGGUCAUCCAAAUGGAUUGCCCCGAGGACGCUGAUACCUACAUCCAUCGUGUGGGACGUACCGCUCGGUACGAGCGAGUUGGUCGCGGCGUGCUAUUCCUUGACCCCAGCGAGGAGAAGGGCAUGUUGAACCGACUUGAACACAAGAAAGUGCCCAUUGAGCGCAUUAAUAUUAAAGCAAACAAGCAGCAAAGUAUCCGGAAUCAGCUGCAGAACAUGUGCUUCAAGGACCCAGAAUUAAAGUAUCUGGGCCAGAAGGCUUUUAUCUCCUACGUCAAGUCUGUUCACGUGCAAAAGGACAAGGAGACAUUCAAGAUCAAACAGCUUCCAUUGGAAGAUUUCGCAGCCAGUUUGGGUCUCCCUGGUGCACCGCGUAUUAAAUUUAUCAAGGGUGACGACACCAAGGAGCGGAAGAAUGCAUCAUGGAGGAUGAAUCAGCUUUCCAGUGAUGAUUCAGACGAUGAUUCAGAUGGAGAGGACAAACCUCAGAAGACCAAGAAGGACGAGAACCAAGUACGGACCAAAUUCGACCGGAUGUUCGAGCGGCGGAACCAGGAUGUGCUGGCGGGCCACUACUCGAAACUAAUCAACGACGAUGGCACGAUGGUGGCACCUAAUGCCUCCAAGGGUGCUAUCGAGGAUGCCGACGAGGACGACGACUUUCUGUCUGUUAAACGCCGGUUUGCCGCUGGCGACGCAGAAUUGGGCCAAGACGAGUCCGAGUCCGAGCCCUCGGGCGCCGGAAAGGAAGCCAAGACGGUGCAAAUCGACGGCAAGGACCCGCUGGUUAUCGACUCGAAGCGACGCGAGAAGCUUCUCAAGUCGAAAAAGAAGCUUCUCAAGUUCAAGGGCAAGGGUACAAAGCUCGUCUACGACGAGAACGGCAAUGCACACGAGCUGUACGAGAUGGAAGACGAGGAGCAGUUCAAAGCUCGCGGCGACGCCGACGCCCAGCGCGAGCGGUUCGUGGCCGAGGAGGCGGAGCGCACGCGCCGUGCCGACGUCGAGGACAAGGAAGUUGUGCGCGAAAAGCGCCGCGAGAAAAAGGAAAAGCGUCGCGCCCGCGACCGUGCCCUCGCCGACGAAGAGGCCGCCGAGGAGCGUGGCGUGCAGUUGGCGCCGGUCGACGACAUCGAUCUUGGAUCUGCGUCCGAACCCGAAGAGCCCCGUCCUAGCAAGAAGGCCCGCUUUGUCGAGUCCGAAUCAGAUGGCGACAACGACAAGCCACGGCCCCGCAAGAGCAAGAAGUCCAAGUCUGCUGUCCCUGCCGAGCCUCGGAUCGACACCUUGGGCGAUCUGGAAGCGCUGGCCAGUGGACUGUUGGGUUGA